CUUCCUGAAGUGACAGUGACGCUAUUGACACUCAGCUUUUCAAAGCCUGAAAAUAUGAGUGAGGAGCAUUACCUAGAGCUGUGCGAAAGCCCGGUCCAGUUUGAAAAUGCUUCUGCCGUCAACAACGUGUUUUUCGAUGAGGCAAACAAGCAGGUGUUUGCGGUCCGGUCAGGUGGUGCUACUGGUGUUGUGGUUAAAGGACCCGACGAUAAAAAUUCAAUUGCAUUCAGAAUGGAUGACAAAGGAGAAGUGAAGUGCAUUAAGUUUUCCUUUGAAAACAAGAUUUUAGCUGUCCAAAGAACAUCCAAGUCUGUGGACUUUAUUAAUUUCAUUCCAGAAUAUCCUCACUUGGAAUUCUCCCAAGAAUGCAAGACAAAGAAUUCUUCUCUGCUUGGAUUCUGCUGGACCAACUGGAAUGAAAUCGUUUUCAUCACUGACCAAGGGAUUGAGUUUUAUCAGGUGUUUCCCGACAAGCGCAGUCUGAAGCUUCUGAAGAGCCAAAGCAUCAACGUGAACUGGUACAUGUACUGCCCCGAGACCUCGGUCAUCCUGCUGUCCACCACCGUGCAGGGCAACGUGCUGCAGCCAUUCGCCUUCAAGAACGGGACAAUGUCCAAAAUGUCCAAAUUUGAGAUUGAACUGCCUGCAGUCCCCAAGCCCGCCAAGCUCAGCCUGUCAGAGCGAGAUAUCGCUGUGGCGACCAUAUAUGGUCAGCUGUAUGUAAUGUAUUUGAAGCACCACUCCAGAACGGCUAAUAGUCCUGGUGCCGAAGUGGUCCUCUAUCACCUCCCAAGGGAAGGGCCCUGUAAGAAGACCCACACGCUGAAGCUGAACACAACAGGGAAGUUUGCCCUGAACGUGGUGGACAACUUGGUGGUCGUGCAUCACCAAAGCUCUCAGACGUCCUUCAUAUUUGAUAUUAAAAUGAAAGAUCCAGACAGCACUCUGAACAUUCACCUGCCUGUUCUUCCUCCUUGGUCCAUCCAUCCCUACAAAAUCCCUCUGACUGGUCCAGUUGCUGUGGCCGCCCAGGCCCCAGUGUCCUGUGAACUUUACUCUUCAACUUGGAGUGUCUUUCAGCCAGACAUUAUCAUAAGUGCCAGUGAAGGCUAUCUAUGGCAUCUACAGGUGAAGCUCCAGCCUGUGGUGAACCUUCUGCAGGACAAGGGCAAGCUGAUGGACUUUCUGUUACGGAGAAGGGACUGCAAGAUGGUCAUCCUGUCUGUGUGCUCUCAGAUGCUCAUCAAAGGAGACAAGGGCAACCUACCUGUGGUGGCCACGGUCUUUGACAAGCUCAGUCAGGUCUAUAAGGAGUAUCUGGAGGCAGAGCAAAGUUACACCACGGCUGUGGAGUCUGGUGCAAGUCGGGCCAGCACUGUUCACAAGAGGCCGGUACGCACGCAGGCCGUCAUCGACCAGUCGGACAUGUACACGCACGUGCUGUCCACGUUCACAGAGCGCAAGGAUUCAUCCCACAAAUUUGUCAUUGCGGUGCUGAUGGAGUACAUACGCUCUCUGAACCAGUUCCAGAUUACUGUGCAGCACUACCUGUAUGAGCUGGUCAUCAAAACUUUGGUCCAGCACAACCUCUUCUACAUGCUUCACCAGUUCCUCCAGUAUCAUGUUCUCAGCGAUUCCAAGCCCCUGGCCUGCCUUCUGCUCUCACUGGAGAGCACGUACCCCCCCGCGCACCAGCUGUCCCUGGACAUGCUGAAGCGGCUCUCCACGGCCAAUGAUGAGAUAGUGGAGGUGCUGCUGUCCAAGCAGCAGGUUCUGGGGGCAUUGCGUUUCGUCAGGAGCGUAGGUGGACAUGACAACAUCUCUGCCCGCAAGUUCCUCGACGCUGCCCGCCAAACCAAAGACCAGAUGCUCUUCUACACCAUCUUCCGCUUCUUCGAGCAGAGGAACCAACGGCUGCGAGGAAGCCCCAGCUUCACUCCAGGAGAACACUGUGAGGAACAUGUAGCAUUCUUCAAGCAAUUGUUUGGGGAACAAGCACUAAUGAAACCUGUAACAGUUUAAGUAGCUGAUAUGGUGGAAAUGCUGACUGUACAUAAUGUUUAUGUACGGAACUUAUUUAUCUUAUAUGAAUGCCAUAUGCUUAUUGCCUCAGUUGAUUUUGUGAAGGCAUUGAUGCAGUUUUGGCUGCUCUCUGAAAUUACCAGGGAAACAAUACUAGAAUAAUAGAUUACUUAUAAUUAUUAAUUUUGUAGAACAUACAAAUCUAAAAUGGAGUGAAAUCUUCUGUGACAGCAGUUUUUGAAUGCUCGUAUUUCUGCAGUUGUGCCUGGUGAAAGUCUUAAUAGGAAGCUAUUGUGAGUUUAUCUUGAUGCUAUACAAAGGAUGAAAGUGUGAAUGUAGAUGGGAGUUUACCAUAGCUACUCUUAUUACCACAGCCGUCGCCACCUAGAGGUUGAGGAGUGAAUGACUCUCUUGCUACCCGCCAUUGAAGUGCUCUGUUCUGUCUUUAAUGUGGCACCUAGGUGGAGACAGAGGACAGUUUGUUUAAAUAUGUGUUCAGUGAACGAGAUGGUAACACAAUUAAGUUAAACGGGGUUUACCUUUAAUGUGUACUGUCUGUAAGUGCAGUGGCUACUCACUGGUACCACGUGGAACGAUGAAGUAUCCCUGUGAAAACCGGUGCCGCAUGGAAUUAAAGACGUGAAAUCCUAAGUUGUAAUUUACAGUUUCUCCAGCAAGAGUAUAUUUUUAAUAAAGAGGGACCCAUAAAGCUGACAUGUAAAUUGUCUAGUUAUUUUUGGAGCUGUUGGCUUGAUGUGUGAAUAAAGCUUGUCUCAUA